AAUGGAAGAAGCUGGAAAUCUAAAGUUGAAUGAUCAAUUAAAAGCUGAGAUCGAUGAAAAAGUUAAUUCGAUUAGUAAAUCGAUGAUCGAACAAUUAGAUAAAUUAGAGACUUUAGAAGAAAAAGAAGAAAAAAUUAAAGAAUGGAAUGAAAUGCUGGAUAAUUGGGAGGAAAAAGCAAGAAAAAUGUUUUAUGAGAAAAUUGAGGUAGAAAAAGAUGAGGAAAGUCAUAAAAAGUUGACUGAACAAAAAGUUCAUCCAUUCAAAUUUCUUCAGGUAAAAAAAGUUAAACCUUAA